UGCCACACUGUCCAAUCGCAUCUAGCGAGAGGAGAGGAGAGAAAGAGAGACAGGGAGACGGAGAGAGAGGCAACGAGAGAGAUGGGGGAGGGAGGAGACAGAAAGGAAGAGAGGGAGGUUGAUCAUUUGAACGUCCUGGGCCCUGUAUUCCUCGUAGAAACACUUACAUUUCCACUUUAUCCAAAACGUCAUUUUUUCAUUUGCACUUUUUUUCGGACCGAAGGCUUGAGUGCAUUGUUUCUUUUUUUGGGUUAUUCCCACCCAGGAGACGUGCCACCACCAGCAGCAGCAGUAGCAGCAGAGGAAUAUCUCUCAAUAUCCCAUCCCGGGCACGUCGGAGAAGCUGCAGCAGCGAAAACACGAGGUGAAUAUUGCGGUGGACGGGAACAGGGACAUGGACCGUGGGCUUUCACACAUCUCACCCGGGCUGGGUACGGCAUAUCCAGAAUUAUGUCAUCUGAGCAUUUUUACUGCAGCGGGGAUGCAGGUUGAGGCUUUUCAUGAGGCAGUUUGGGCUUGUUAUGGGGGUGACUGGAAGGAGAGAGUGACAGAGGAACAGUGAUGCUACUGUUUACAUAACAAGAGACUCUCACACAUGUACACACGCAUACAUACACACACAUAUGCUCAAAUCGCUGGUCCAGGACGUACACGCUUCCUUAAACACUUCCACACAUAUAUACAGACACAUAUUCAAUGCACUCAUUGGCUGAGUCACCACACACUGCAAGGCACACAAUCACUGACUCACACACAGGAACGCACAUGACAGACUGACAAAUACACUAGUGGAAACAGUUGUUUAUAAGAGUCAGGACUGUGUGUUGUUAGUGCUAUGGUCCAAGCUAAGCAGCAGCUGUGUGUCGGUGUUGGAUACCUCUGAAGGGUCAACACAACCAUAAUCUUCACUCUUCCCCAGUCCCUCCCUCUUGCACCCCCAUCCCAUAUUGCCAUCUUCCCCUAAACAUACCAUCAUGUCUGAUCUGACCAUCAGGAGAUCUCCCUCUCCCUCAUCUCCUCUCUCAUUCCUUUCCUCGCCUCUUGGCUUCUGUUACCUCCUCCUUUCCCUCUGCUUCUCCCUUUCUCUCUAUCCGGGCUCCUCAUUGGCGCAGCAGACUGUACCUGUCGUCUCCACGGCGCAGGGCCGUAUCCGUGGCAUCCUAACCCCGCUGCCCUCAGACCUCCUGGGACCUGUCAUCCAGUACCUGGGAGUACCAUACGCAAGGCCUCCAACAGGGGACAGACGAUUUCAGCCCCCAGAGCCACCUUUACCCUGGCCAGGAAUACGAAAUGUGACACAGUUUGCUCCCGUCUGCCCACAGUCGCUGGAUGAGAGGAGCAUGCUUGGAGAUAUGAUGCCGUCCUGGCUCACAGCUAACCUGGAUAUAGCAGCGACAUACCUCACUCACCAGAGCGAGGAUUGUCUCUACCUCAAUAUCUAUGUGCCCACUGAGGAAGACAUCCAUGAAGAGGGCGGUCAGCGGCCAGUGAUGGUCUAUGUACAUGGUGGCUCAUAUACAGAAGGCACCGGUAACAUGAUGGAUGGCAGCGUGCUUGCAAGCUAUGGCAACGUCAUUGUUAUAACCCUCAACUACCGCCUCGGAGUGUUGGGAUUUCUUAGUACCGGUGACCAGGCAGCAAAAGGGAACUACGGCUUGUUGGAUCAGAUCCAGGCUCUGCGCUGGGUGAAGGAGAACGUCGCAGCCUUCGGAGGAGACCCAAACAGAGUCACUGUAUUUGGAUCUGGGGCUGGAGCCUCCUGUGUCAGCCUCCUCACCUUGUCUCACUACUCUGAGGACUUGUUCCACAGAGCCAUCAUCCAGAGUGGCAGCGCUUUAGCCAGCUGGGCUGUCAAUUAUCAGCCCAGCAAGUAUGCACGACAGCUCGGGGAGAGGGUGGGCUGUGGCAUCGAUGACAGCAACCAACUGGUCGCCUGCCUCCAGGGCCGGAGUUACCGGGAGCUUGUGGAGCAGAACAUAACUCCAGCCAAAUAUCACACAGCUUUUGCCCCGGUGAUUGAUGGUGAUGUUAUACCAGAUGACCCCCAGAUUCUGAUGGAGCAGGGAGAGUUUCUGAACUAUGAUGUGAUGCUGGGGGUUAAUCAGGGUGAGGGCGUGAAGUUUGUGGAGGGAAUUGUGGACUCAGAAGAUGGUGUUACUGCUGAGGACUUUGACUUUGCUGUGUCAGACUUCGUGGAUAGUUUGUAUGGAUACCCAGAAGGCAGAGACACGCUGAGAGAGAGCAUAAGGUUCAUGUACACAGACUGGGCGGACCGCGACAACGCAGAAACCCGACGGAAGACUCUGGUAGCGCUAUUUACAGACCACCAGUGGGUGGCUCCAGCAAUCGCCACAGCAGACCUACAUGCUCAGUACGGCUCUCCCACCUACUUCUACUCCUUUUACCACCACUGCCAGAGUGAUGCCACUCCACCCUGGGCUGACUCCGCCCACGGUGAUGAGGUGCCCUAUGUGUUUGGUGUACCCAUGGUGGGACCCACUGAUCUGUUCAACUGUAAUUUCUCCAAGAACGAUGUGAUGCUGAGCGCAGUAGUCAUGACUUACUGGACCAACUUUGCCAAGACUGGUGAUCCAAACCAGCCAGUUCCUCAAGACACCAAGUUUAUCCACACUAAACCUAACCGCUUUGAAGAAGUGGCCUGGUCUAAAUAUACCCCUAAGGAGCAAUGGUAUCUCCACAUCGGGCUCAAGCCUCGUGUCAGAGACCACUACCGGGCCACCAAAAUCUCCUUCUGGCUCCAGCUGGUCCCUCACCUGCAUCAUGUCAAUGAGCUCCUCCAAUCGGUGUCCUCCUUCACACAUAGUCCCUCUCCACAGGAUGACACCCCUUAUUCUUACACUAAACGUCUAUCCAAAGGUUGGCCUCCUAGCAGUACCCGUCACCCAGGUUCACAAGGAGGUACCCCACAACCUCCAGAGUCUGCUUUAGGCCAAGGUGGAGCGGAAAACGGAGUCCGUGUCCCUAAUGAGGACUACUCCACUGAACUCUCUGUAACGAUUGCUGUGGGAGCAUCACUGUUGUUCCUUAACAUCCUUGCAUUUGCGGCUCUGCUGUACAAGAAAGACAAGAGGCGUCUAGAGCAUCGUAGGCCACGUCCGCUUCCUCCCCCAAGACGGGACAUCACACCUGCAGAUGUCGCCGCACACCUACAGGGGGAAGGACUGAUGUCAUUACAGGUGAAGCAGCUGGAGUGUGAUGCGGCGUCAGCGGAUGAGAGGAACAACACUCACCACCGUCACACUUUGGAUACGCUGGAUGCUCUGGAUGGCUUGGAUACCCAGGACAUCUACAGCACACUGGACACUGUGCGCCUCACCUGCCCGCCCGAUUACACCCUCACCUUGCGCCGCUCACCUGAUGAUGUCCCCCUCAUGACCUCUCUGACCCCGGGAUCGCUGCCGGUAACCCCUGGGUCACACCCUGUUACCCCAGCGACGCCAAUGACCCCCAUGACACCUGGAUCAGUGGUGGGAAUGAGAAUGGGGCAUCCUCACCAGGGAUACACACACCAUAGCCCAUAUAGUAAUACACACUUGCCACACACACACAUCUCCACGCACACACACUCCACCACGCGUGUAUAACCGCAGCAAGAAUACAAAUACAGGGACAUAAUUACAACACACAUACACAGACACACAAGCACACACACACACACACACACACACACAAAUACAAAUAAACAGAAGACUUAAAUACCUCUACUAAUUACCCUGCAGGAUUGUUACAGACAGAGUGACAGAAAGACAUUUUCAGUAACAGGAUGAAAAUACUGACAGCUGUGUGUUGCAUGAUGGGGGAACUGAUGACAGACUAGGCCCCAGGAGAUGCAGUUCUAUGCAUCGUUCGCUCAUAACCUCGAAGAAGACAAGCAAAGACAUUGAUCAGAUGUGUCAAAAUCUGCUUCGGAUAUUAAGUCUUCUGCUUUUUCUACACCCGAGGAGGAAGAGGAGUGCUGUGGCAUAUGGGUCAGGUAUGGAUCAGUUUACAUCUCCCACUGUACCCAUGUUGCACAGUGAAGAAGUGGUGGGACUGAGCAAAGCAGAUGCAGAUGCAGACCUGAGCUAAGAAGUCCCGCACACAGACUGCUGAUGUCAACCUGAACAACCUGUGAAAUGUGAAUGUAGCACUUUUUCCAGUAAAAAAAUUAAAGGCCCUAUCUGACAAAGAAUCAGACUAAGAUGAGGACAAAAUCACACAUUUCAGCUGGCGAUUGAUGUAAAAACAGGCAGGGCAGAAGAGGGGGGUUUUAAAGAAAAUUAACUCAAGGACAAGUUAGUCACAUUGCAGGAAAGAGAUUAAGAUUUCACUGAGAAUGAUUUAACUGCUAUGAACUCUAGAAAGACGGAGCGAGAUAGCGUGACAUGGAAAACACAGGAAUGGAAGGUUUGUCAAGACACAGAAACUAGAUUCAGAAGAAGAAAGGGUCUCUGAAGUGUCGCCAGACCUACUGAAGAAGCACUCUAACCAGCUAUGUGUUCAACUCUUGUAAAUAGAAUGGAAAGAUACAGAUGAUAUAUUAUGAUUUAUAGCAUUUACCUGCUCUUGCAUUAAAACAUGACUUAUUUAACCACAUUAUUGCUUUCAUUUCAAAUAUUACUAUAUUAUUGUAUAGAUGUCCUCAAGCAAGGCUGGUUGUCUUUCAAUCUCACCCACUGUAGUAUGUACACAGUACCUUUAUUUAAAGGCUAUAUUUGCUAUGCACAGUCAUUUCAGUAAUUUCUAACUAUGUAAGCAUUUAGAUACUUGUUUAGAAGUAUAGGGCGUUUCAUACCCCCGUUUGUUUGUUUCACCAUUGGAUGAGGAGCUAGUACUGUGUAGAUAAUGCAGUAUUGGUUUGAUAAGUGAGCACCAGCCAAAAACCAUGAUCUUUAACCCUUUGUACAUGAUCCCAUCCUGUUUUCCUGCCCCCCUUGUUCCUCAAAUUCUUCCUAAAGGCCUUACCUUUAAUUCCUUAUAAACCCGACCUUAAUUAAUGUCUCUGCAGAUAGAUACUGUGCAGUCAGAGGACCCCAAGUCCUAGCAUGUCCCAAAAUGUCAAGAAUGCUUUCUUGUAUUUGUCUGGAUAAAAGACAAAUACAAUACCAGUGAGCCCCAGUAUAUCAAGAAGAACUACCAAAUGCUUGUAUCUAUCAAAGGCAUAAAUCUAAAUAACUUGGCCAAGUUGUAUUUCCUCUAAAGAAAGAAUUGUUGUACCAUAACACCAUCACACAACACACAAUGUCACAAACAUUUUAAAGCCUGGACAUUUAGUUUACUACCUGUUACCGUGUUGUUAUUUGAUUCAGAGCCAGAUUUGACGAACGAGGUAGAGCUUACCUGGAGCUGAGGAGGGACAAAGUGUGUGACAGUGUUAGAGACUUCAAGGCAAGCACGCCUUGAGACAUGCUGCAUUUUAAGUCUUAAAUCCUUAUAUUGAAGCAAUACAAAUUUCCCACCAAGACAUAUUUU